CCCAAUCAAAUUUACACUGCUGCCACUGCCAACGAAACCUAGCAAUGAGAUCAUAUGUAUAUGAAUUUUAUUUACUCUUAUUCAGCAAAAAAUGAAUUUCAUAUACACUGGUUUUUUAACUUCCAUUUGGCCCCCACUAGUCAGAAUUUAUGAAAAAACCCAAAUGGGUUUUGAGCCUUUUGACUGGAAGUUGUUGAUUGAUACUUUGGAUUUUAUGUUUUUUGCUUAUUAAAUUUCUUACCAAACUCGCCAUAUUAGAAUGAUCCGGUUUGAUGCUUUGGAAGACGAAGAUUCUUGAUCAAAGUUGAAAUUUUUGUCUAGGUAUUCUGUAAUCUCUGCUUUUUGCUGCCGCUUGUUUUUGCGCUAUUUGGGUGCAUAAAUUGCUAUAAUCAGCCGCUGGAAUAUCUAUCAGUGCAUAUUAGAAGCUUAAUUGGUGGAGACCCAUUUAAAUUCCUGUGCGAAGUAUCAGGUUCAUGGUCUCCGCUUAUUAAAACUCGCUUAAAUUUCAAAGCUUUAAUGAAGGUUAUCUCAGCUCUUGUUUGUUCUUAAGUAUUCUUUGGGUUUUGGUAAUUAUUGUUGGUUUGAACUCAGUCACCAUCUCCUCCUGGAUUUUUGUUUAUUAUUAUUGGAUGUCUUUUAUAUUCCCGGUCUUGUGCCGUAUAACCGUUGCUUCUCUUGACUUUGGUGAAUACAUAUCUUCUCCGGUUGCUUGAUAUACCAUUUUUGAGUACCAAGUUCUUUAAUUUUUGAUCAAUAGGAUAAUUACCAUCUUAAACCUCUAUGUACAUUACGUGCUACUCAAACUUAAACAAUACCCAGCUUCUUCUUGAAAAUUCUAAAUUAUACUUCAAAUCUCAUUUUGGACGUCCAUGUAUAUAUCUAUUAUUACCAACAGGAUAUUCACUCCCAGUUGAAUUCUUACAUCAUACAAGUUCCAAUUUCCGGUUUUUCCUUUUUGCCUGUCCUUCAUUGGGUACCUGUCUUCCUUUUUUUUUUAUUUUUUAUUUUUUUAUUUUUCUGUUAGGAAUUUCUUUCAAAAACCCAUGCGUUCUGUCCUAUCCUAGCAUUCUUAGACUGUAGGCAUCAAUGUCAAUUCUAUGUGGAUGCCCUCUCCUAGAGUGUGUUUAUUGUUUGGCAUGUAGCCGCUGGAUUUGGAAGCGGUGCCUCCACACAGCAGGCCAUGACAGUGAGACUUGGGGGCCUGCUGCUGCUGAAGAAUUUGAGUCUGUUCCUCGCCUCUGCCGCUAUAUUCUAGCCGUUUAUGAAGAUGAUAUCCGCCACCCUCUUUGGGAACCACCUGAAGGCUAUGGAAUAAACCCAGAUUGGUUAAUUCUGAGAAAAACUUAUGAAGAUACCCAAGGGAGGGCUCCUCCAUAUAUAUUAUACCUUGAUCAUGCUCAUGCGGACAUAGUUCUAGCAAUUAGGGGCCUUAAUUUGGCAAAAGAAAGUGACUAUGCGGUUUUACUGGAUAAUAAGCUGGGGAAGAGGAAGUUUGAUGGCGGGUAUGUUCACAAUGGGCUAUUGAAGGCUGCUGGAUGUGUUUUGGAGGCAGAAUGUGAUAUUCUUAAGGAUUUGGUGGAGAAAUAUCCAAAUUAUACUUUGACUUUUGCUGGCCAUUCACUGGGGUCAGGUGUGGCAGCAUUGUUAACGCUGGUGGUUGUGCAGAAUCUUCAUAAACUGGGAAAUAUUGACCGGAGAAGAGUCAGGUGCUAUGCUAUUGCACCUGCCAGGUGUAUGUCAUUGAAUCUAGCAGUCAGAUAUGCAGACGUCAUCAAUUCUGUUGUGCUUCAGGAUGACUUCUUACCACGGACAGCCACACCUUUGGAGGACAUAUUCAAGUCACUUUUCUGUUUGCCAUGCCUACUAUGCCUAAGGUGCAUGAAGGAUACAUGUAUACCAGAGGAGAAGAUGCUUAAAGAUCCAAGGAGGCUUUAUGCACCUGGUCGCCUCUAUCACAUUGUUGAGAGAAGACCUUUCAGGUUGGGAAGGUUUCCCCCAGUUGUAAGGACAGCAGUGCCAGUUGAUGGGAGGUUUGAACACAUUGUUCUUUCUUGUAAUGCUACUUCUGAUCAUGCCAUCAUUUGGAUAGAAAGAGAAGCCCAAAGAGCUCUAAAUUUAAUGUUAGAGAAAGACCAAAUCAUGGAGAUUCCAGCAAAACAAAAGAUGGAAAGACAGCAGACAUUAGCUAGAGAACACAGUGAAGAGUAUAGAGCGGCGCUGCAGAGAGCUGUUACAUUGGCUGUGCCUCAUGCCUAUUCACCUUUCCAAUAUGGAACAUUCGACGAGGGGGAUAAGGAGAAGUCACCUGAAUCAAGUGGGAAAUCAACUCCUGCCUCAUCCAAGAAAUCCCAAAUCAGAGAAACAUGGGAUGAACUAAUUGAGCGUCUCUUUGACAAGGAUGAGUCUGGUCAUAUUACCCGAAAGAAGUCGCAUGUAGAUGAUUGAUGUAAUUGAAGCUACAUACAAAAAGAUGAGAUUUGAGGUUGCUGAGGAUGACAUUCAUUUGUUCAUUUUUAUUUUUUUGGUACUUAUAAUUUUUUCCUUUUUUUUUUUUUGGGGGAAUGUUGAAAACUGGAAUCAGGAGAAUGAAGCUGUUCUAAAUGAUUGAGAAAAGUAUUGAUACCCAUUUAUUCAUGAUGAGACAAUAAAAGUUCUUUUCUGAUGA